UUGGCUAAUGCGCCUCCGCCAACGCUAGCCCCGCCUUCCCAUCGGCGAAAGGACAGGUUCAAAAUGGCGCUGUCCAUGAAGUCCGUUCUCCGCUCCGGAAGGAAUGCUGUCACGAUCCUGCGGCGACGAGCCUUUCACAGGAGCGCACCGGCAGCGGCUCAGGUGACUGUGCGAGAUGCCUUGAACCAAGCCUUGGACGAGGAGCUGGAGAGGGACGAGCGUGUCUUCCUGCUGGGCGAGGAGGUGGCCCAGUAUGACGGCGCCUACAAGGUGAGCCGAGGCCUGUGGAAGAAGUACGGCGACAAGCGCAUCAUUGACACACCCAUUUCGGAAAUGGGAUUCACCGGCAUCGCGGUGGGGGCUGCCAUGGCAGGCUUAAGGCCCAUCUGCGAGUUCAUGACCUUCAACUUCUCCAUGCAAGCCAUUGACCAGGUCAUCAACUCGGCAGCCAAGACCAACUACAUGUCGGCGGGGCGGCAGGCGGUGCCCAUCGUCUUCCGGGGGCCCAACGGAUCCUCGGCCGGUGUCGCUGCGCAGCACUCGCAGUGCUUCGCCGCCUGGUACGCUCACUGCCCGGGUCUGAAGGUGGUCAGUCCGUGGAACUCGGAGGAUGCCAAAGGCCUCCUGAAGUCAGCCAUCAGAGACGACAACCCGGUGGUCUUCCUGGAGAACGAGCUGAUGUACGGCGUCCCCUUCGAGAUGUCCGACGAGGCCCAGUCCAAAGACUUCACCGUGCCCAUCGGCAAGGCCAAGGUGGAGAGGCAAGGUUCUCACGUGACUUUGGUGUCGCACUCUCGCUACGUCGGCCAUUGUCUGGACGCCGCUGCCGUCCUCGCCAAGGAGGGAAUUGAGUGUGAGGUGGUCAACCUGCGAACCAUCCGCCCCAUGGACGUGGAGAGCAUCGAGGCCAGCGUGAUGAAGACCAACCACUUGGUGACGGUGGAGGGCGGCUGGCCGCAAUUCGGCGUGGGAGCCGAGAUUUGCGCCAGGAUCAUGGAGGGGCCAGCCUUCAACUACCUGGAUGCUCCGGCCACCAGGGUGACGGGCGUGGACAUCCCCAUGCCAUACGCCAAGAUCCUGGAGGACAACAGCGUGCCGCAGAUCAAAGACAUCAUCUUCUCCAUCAAAAAGACCCUCAACAUGUGAAACCACGCUUUUUAAAUAACCCAAUAGUCGACCUUGUAAAUACAGCUCAAUGUUUCCAGAAUGCACGAGGUCCACUCCAAUAAUCCACCUUUGGAGCUGUCCUGUCCGUUAAACAAAUAGAUGAUCGAUUUAUUUAUUAGGUACCAUUUGGGAGCCCAACUGUUUGGCCGAAGCCACAGGUGGUGACGUAUAAAGCAGGCCAGAUGAUUUUCUGGUGCUCUGGAUGUUGUCACAGUAAAUGACUGUUACAACAAUUAAAGAGAAAUACUUCCAUCCA